GUUGUCUUUCUUCAAUCAUUCGCAUUCCUCUCCUUCUUCCUCUCUCUUUCGCAUCAGCCAUGGCGGUUUCUAUCUUUAUCCCUCCAAAACCUCCUUUCUUAUACCCUAAAUAAGACCUUUCUCUUUCACAAUUCCUUAUUCUUAUCGCUUCAACGUUUCUUCAUUCGUCGGUGUAUGUAAUUCCGUUACCGGAGAAGCUAAACCUCUUCAAUUUCACCGAUUUCAAUGGCAAUUGUCACCGGAGAUCGAUAUGUUGAGAAGCUAGAGAAGUUUUUAGAAGACGAAGCUGAGUCUCUUCUAGAAGAAACAAUGAUUCUCAAGCUUAAUCCAGCUGGUCUUCACUAUCUUCAUCUCCGUCUCGAGUCUCUCCGUGAACUUGAACGCAUGCUCUCCGGUGCUCCUGUUGAUUACCUUCGCGCUUACGUUUCUGACUUAGGAGAUUACCGCGCACUCGAGCAGCUCCGUCGUAUUCUCCGAAUCCUCACUUCACUUAAGGUCGUUUCCACGCUUCCUUCCCCGGCUCGUGAUCCUACACCGCUCUCUCUUAUUCCCUUUGGUAGGCUUAAGGUUUUGGAACUUCGUCGCUGUGAUUUGUCCACUUCUCCGGCUAAAGGCUUGCUUGAGCUCCGUCACACUUUGGAAAAUAUCAUCUGCCAUAAUUCCACUGAUGCUCUGCGGCAUGUGUUCGCUAGUAGAAUUGCUGAGAUAACGAAUUCGCCGGAAUGGAAUAAGUUGGCGGUCAUAUCUUGUGCUUGUAACCGUCUUGUGCUCAUGGAUGAGUCCUUGCAGCUUCUUCCAGCUGCUGAGUCGCUUGAUCUGAGUCGAAACAAGUUUGUGAAAGUGGAUAAUCUUCGGAGAUGCACCAAAUUGAAGCACCUUGAUCUCGGUUUCAAUCAUCUUAGAACAGUCUCUUACUUGAGUCAGGUAUCCUGUCAUCUUGUGAAACUUGUUUUGAGGAACAACGCUCUAACUACGUUGCGUGGGAUUGAGAACUUGAAGUCACUUGAAGGCCUUGAUGUUUCCUACAACAUUAUUUCCAACUUUUCAGAAUUGGAGUUCCUUUGGAGUCUUUCAGUACUGAAAGAAUUGUGGCUGGAAGGAAACCCAGUGUGUUGUGCUCGAUGGUACAGGGCGCAUGUCUUCAGCUACAUUGCUCUUCCAGAUGAACUGAAGCUAGAUGGCAAACAGAUAGGAACUAGAGAAUUUUGGAAGAGGCAAAUCAUUGUAGCCCAUAGGCAAAGUGAACCUGCAAGCUACGGAUUCUACUCUCCAGCUAGAGAGGAAGCUAAUGAAGAAGGAAGCUGGAAUAGAAAAAAGAAAAAGAUCUGCCGUCUCGCUUCAAUUGAUAGCGAAGCAGAGAGGACCUAUGUGAAUUCUGACUAUGAGUCAGCUUCCUGUGAUCACGAGAACAAAGAGAAUCUGAAGUGUGAUCAAGAAGCCGAUAUAUUUGGUCUUAUAAGUAAAGUUGAAAACCUGAAGAAAGAACGUUCUGUUCUGUGGUUGCGAGAGUUCAAGGAGUGGAUGGAUCAUUCAACAGAGGAUUUUGCAGAUGUCAGUAAAGACGGCCAGGGUAUCAAUUUGGAAAAAAAGUACUAUACAAAGAUUAAACAAAUCUCGAGGCAUCAUGGUGGAACACCGAGAUAUGCUUCCGGGUCUUUACGUGCUUCAAGAGCUAAGGGCUAUAGGAAAAGUUUAGAUUGCAAUGGCUCAUGUGUGGAUCAUAAAGCCGGUAUGGAUUAUAUAGAGUACGUUGAAGGUAAUGAGUCACAAAAGAUAACCGAUGACAUCUCGUCAUUAAGCCUUCAAAGUACAGAUCUAAAUCAGAAGCAUCAGGAAUGUUUACACCAUGAGGUGGAAUCUUUGUCAGUUGAACCAAACAACCUGUUACCCACAACACUUGCCAGGGAGAAGCUAGCUGAAAAUGGAAACAUGUCAACAUUGGAUGUAACCCAGCAUAUGACAGGAUCGUAUCCUGGGUCACCCCCUCAUUAUCAGAAAGAUGUCUUAUAUCGGCGUCAUAACUUGGUGGAAGAAAUCUUGCAGUUGUCUGCAGAUUCUUAUUCAGUGGCAUCAUCUGAUAGCACAAGCAGCUGCAGUGAAGAUGAUAACUAUGACUCUGAAUCUGAGUAUUCAAAUCAUAAAGAGGGGCAGUUGACAGAUCUUCUUAAUGUGAAUAAACUUGGGAAGGAGAUUCUUGAAUGUGGAUCAAAAGGAACAAGCUUUCUUGAUUUACAACCGGAGAAUGGUAGCACAAUAAAAACUUUGAGAACAGAUGAAUCAAGGAAGGAAAAUACCGCUAACUUUCUUUCUGGAUUGCAUAAUGGUGAACAUGUUGUUAACCAGACAGACCGUUUGGUUGUGAAAAGGAAACCUAUAAAACGAUUUGUUUCCUUCCAGAAAGAGGAAAGUUGCAUUACCAAUGGAGAGAUAUCUCUCAGGAGUGAUGCAGAAAUCAGUGAUUCUGGUGAAGAUGAGUGUAUUUCUGAUAAUUUUUGGGAUAAUUCCCUGUCAACGGUUUGUAGUAGUAGUAGUAAUAGGAGUAUCAAAUUUUUGGGGACUGAUAGAACACUUGAAGAAAAAGGCGAUUUAGUAGAGGAAUAUUUUUCAGCAAAACUGUCAGACUCCAGUUCUCAAGAAACUUGUAGGACGUACAUGAAUUGUGAUCUUAUACUACAGAAAGGUUCCACAUACAAGCAACGGGAAGCAGUGUUGCUGCUGACUAGCCAAGACAAGCUGUACGUGCUACUCGUGGGUGUGGCUACUGAUUAUGAAGGGAGUACCUUAAGUGUACUAUGUUCUCAUGAAAUCAAGGAUUUACAAGACGUAUCAGUUGGUCUAGGACUUCAGUUUGUGAGGCUACGCUUUUUGGAGGAUGUAGAAUACAUUUUCGUAACCAAAUGUAUUGAGAAAACAACAGAAUUACUCAAUAUCACACAAGUUUUCGAUUCCCAGGCUACAGAGUAUAAAUGUUAUUUGCAAAGUCUGGAGAAUAUUCAGGUGGACUUGUUUGAGAAAGAAAUAUGUGGAGGUUUGAAGCAGAGUAUAUUCCAGUACAAUGUUCUCCAUUUUCAGAGCACCACUCGUGGAGAAGUGUCAUGGCUUUUGCGGUCGCUAUUUGUGGCUGGUAGGCGUCUCUUCAUAUGCAAUGAGGACUUCAAACAAUUAAGUUCUCGAACAGCAUAUUCUUCUUCAGCUCCAUAUUUCUUGCUUGACUCGUGCUGCUCCAUUUCUGAUAUAUCUGAGACGAUCAUUGAUUCGCAAGGAAGUGUUGUGUCAUUAAAGAUCAAAGAGAAGAGAACAAUGGAUUUAGUUACAUGGAAGCUCAAGUGGUGCAGCAUAGAGAAUGCUCUUAAGUUUGCGGCUUUGCUCAAAGCUCUUCAUCCCAAUUCGCCACAAUGGCCAUUGGCUGUAAGACACAGGAGAUAAGUCUUCGUUUGCCUUUUUUUUUGUUUUUUUUUGACCGAUCACCUCUGUUUUCUAGUUAUGUAUAUACAACACACAUGCACAUUGUACAUAUUCAUUUGAUUCAAUUUGUCUUUUGGGUUAAAA